CCAACAUCCGCACCACUCAAAGCGAGAAGGGUCUGGAAGAGUAGUUGACAACUUUGUGGCGGCAUCGACAUGGAGCAAGGCAAGCAAGCGGCCGAGAAGCUGGCCCAGAACAUCCCGAAGCGCGGGUCGCCGAUCUUUGCGUUGAUUAACGGUGUCGUCGUGACCGGUGCGUUGGGCUACGGUCUGUACUCGUCUAUGUACGAUGUCAAGCCCGGUGAGCGCGCGAUUGUGUACAACCGGUUCACGGGGAUCAAGGACCAGGUGAUUGGCGAAGGGUUGCAUGUGAUGCUUCCAUGGUUCGAACGCCCUGUCAUCUUUGACGUGCGCACGAAGGCGCAUCAAGUAAGCUCGCUCACGGGGUCGCGCGAUCUGCAAAUGGUGAACGUGAACCUCCGUGUGUUGACUCGUCCCGACAAGGACCAACUGCCGUGGAUCUACCGUCGCCUCGGGGUCAACUACUCGGAAACCGUGCUUCCCUCGAUCGUGAACGAAACUGCGAAGCAAGUCAUGGCGCAGUUCAAUGCGAGCCAAUUGAUCACACAGCGUGAGCAUGUGUCGCGCAUGAUUGCGCGCAACUUGAAGGAACGUGCGUUGGAGUUCAAGAUCGACGUCGAAGACGUGUCUGUGACCCACUUGAGCUUUGGUCGCGAGUACACGGCCGCCGUGGAAGCCAAGCAAGUGGCGCAACAAGAUGCCGAACGUGCUCGUUUCAUCGUGGACAAGGCAAUCCAAGAAAAGAAAUCGACGAUCAUUCGGGCCCAGGGUCAAGCGAAGGCCGCAGAAUUGGUUGGUGAAGCUAUCAAGAAGAACCCUGCUUUCACACAGCUGCGCCGGUUGGACGCCGCCAAGGAGAUUGCCCAAGUCAUGAGCCGAUCGCAGAAUCGCGUGUACCUCAACUCGGAGUCGCUCCUGUUGAACUUGUUGCAUGACUCGACCACGGGCCAGUUCAAGUAAAUUGCAAGACCCGAAUGAUGUAGGACGUAGGACUCCCGACGUAUGCCGAUAGUAUACU